AUGGUGGUAACAUCUUUUCGUGAUUUACCCCUCAGAAGUAAAAAGGACGAAUCAAAUGAAGGAAAAGACAAAAACAACAAUGAUGAACUUAUUGCUCAAGUUAAUGAAGAGUUUUACGUUCAAAUAUUAAUACUACAAUAUGACUUCAACAAAAAACAUAAAAUAAUACUCGAAAUGGUAAAAACGGAAACACAACAUUAA